CGUGACAUCUCCACAAACUUCCCAAAAUAAGAAGAGCGAUGGCAGACAGACUGGAUGAAGACAAGGUCGAUCGCCUCAAGUCCUCCCUCUGGUACAGCAUAGGCACCAUAGUCGACGCCAUAGCACUUGACCAAGAUCUCAAUACCACGCCCCAGUUCAUCGGCUCCUUGACAGAGCUCGUCUGGAAUCAAAUCCUGGUGUCCGGCGCCGAUUUGGAGGAGUUUGCAAGACAUGCGGGAAGAGACACAGUUGACACGAAAGAUGUACUGUUGCUGGUUCGCAGAAACGAGCAGCUCAAAGAGGUUCUGGAGAGUGCAUUGAAGGAGAUCAAAAAGUGAUUCGUACGAACACAAAAGAGUAGGACAAUUCAAAGAUUGAAUUCGUGGCUACUAUGGGCUUCUUGCGCCGUGUCUAUCUUUUCGCACAAGAGACAGGGUGUGUUAUCCCAUGAGGCCUCAUUACACAGUAAGGGAUGUCAGUACUUGAGACGCAAUUGACACGAUGAAUGGCUGAGUAAAAACUUACACCAAAGGCAGGGUAUACGAAGCGGUUGGGAGGAUGCGUCUUUGAGAUGUUGUCC